GAGCGGCCCGCGGUGAGGAGGCGCCGCCGCCGGUCACGUGUGGGGCCGGUGCGUAAAACCGCGGUGAGGGGCGGCAGGGGCCAGCGGCGGCAGGGGCCAGCGGCGGGAGCUGCGCGGAGCGAGAUGAGUACUGAAGCAGAACAGCAGCUUCUCCACGAUGCCAGAAAUGGAAAUGCUGAAGAAGUCAAACAGCUGUUGGAUACCAUGGACAAAGGAGAAAUAAGCUUUGAUAUCAACUGUAAAGGCAGAAGUAAAUCUAACAUGGGUUGGACACCUCUUCACCUGGCUUGCUACUUUGGCCAUGCUGCUGUGGUGGAGGAUUUGCUGAAGGCUGGUGCAGCUGUGGACGUGCUGAACGACAUGGGGGACACUCCGCUGCACCGCGCGGCCUUCACGGGACGCAAGGAGGUGGUGAUGUUGCUCUUGCAGCACAAUGCUGAUACCUCUAUUGUCAAUGGGAGUGGAGAGACUGCAAAGGAGGUUACUCAUGAUAAAGACAUAAGGAAUAUGUUGGAAGCAGUGGAAAGGACACAAGAAAGGAAAUUGGAAGAAGCACUCUUGGGAGCAGCAAGAGAGGGGGAAACAGGGAAACUGACUGCCUUGCUGAACAAGCCCAAACCCCCCAACAUCAACUGCACAGACCAGCUGGGGAACACACCACUGCACUGUGCUGCAUACCGUGCCCACAAGCACUGUGCACUGAAGCUGCUGAGAAAUGGGGCAGACCCUAAAAUCAGGAACAAAAAUGAUCAGACACCUCUUGAUCUGGCCCAAGGUGCAGAAAUGAAACUGAUCCUGGGAGGUAAAACUGGCAAGGUUAUCAACAAGCCCCUGAGGAGAUAUGAAGGGCCCCUGUGGAAGAGCUCAAGGUUUUUUGGUUGGAAACUCUACUGGAUAGUCCUGGAGCAUGGAGUCCUCUCCUGGUAUCGGAGACAGGCUGAUGCAGUGAACAAUGAUCACCGGCAGGGCUGCAAGCAUCUGACCCAGGCUGUGUGCACGGUGAAAUCUACAGACAGUUACUUCUUCUCUGUCAGAUGUUUUGAUGACACUGUUCAUCGUUUCAAGAUUCCUAAGAACAGCCUUCCUGCCCAAACCAGAGAGAGCUGGCUGGAAGCAAUAGAAGAGCACUCUGCAUACAGCACUCAUUACUGCACACAGGAGCAGCUGAGCAGUGAUGAUGAAGAUGAUGACACAGUGUCUGUUACAGACCUGCAAGAUACUCUGAAAAAAGCACAAGCAUGCCAGCAAAGACUCACCAAAGAGGUUUCAGACUUUCUCACAAUGGUUAAAUCUUUGGAUGCUACAAAAGGAAUAUCUCCUCCCCUCCUGCAGAAAGUGGAUGUGGUCUCUGAAAUAUCCCAGGAAACAUGUGAGGCCCUGGCUGACUGCCUCAGCCUCUUCAGAAGGCAAGAAGGGGUGAGGAAUUUGAAACUGGAGCACGAGCAGGAGAAAAACAAGAUCUUGUCAGAAGCAUUAGAGACAUUAGCAACUGAGCACCAUGAACUAGAGCAGUCUCUGGUUAAGGGAUCUCCACCUCUCAGCAUCAUCAGUGAAGAGCAGUUCUAUGAUGCUGUGUCAGACUCCGACUCUGAGCAAUCCCUAGGCGGCUUUGAGACGACAGCAGCCUGCUCCUUGGAGGACAGCAUGGAUUCCAAAGAGACCCUAACGUCCAGCCUGGCUGAAGGGAAGCUCUGUGGCAGUGGGGAGUCGCUGUCCAACGGCAUCAAAAAGCACAGAACCAGCCUGCCAUCUCCCAUGUUCUCCAGGAAUGACUUCAGCAUCUGGAGUAUCUUGAGGAAAUGCAUUGGAAUGGAGCUGUCCAAGAUCACCAUGCCGGUUAUCUUCAACGAGCCGCUCAGCUUCCUGCAGCGCCUCACCGAGUACAUGGAGCACACAUACCUCAUCCACAAGGCCAGCUCGCUGCCCAGCGCCGCCGAGCGCAUGCAGUGCGUGGCUGCCUUCGCCGUGUCUGCCGUCGCCUCGCAGUGGGAGCGCACAGGGAAGCCAUUCAACCCCUUGCUGGGAGAGACCUAUGAGCUCAUCAGAGAUGAUCUUGGCUUUAGACUUCUCUCAGAGCAAGUCAGCCACCACCCCCCCAUCAGCGCCUUCUACGCGGAAGGGUUGAACAACGACUUCGUGUUCCAUGGAUCCAUUUAUCCCAAACUCAAAUUCUGGGGCAAGAGUGUGGAAGCAGAACCAAAAGGCACCAUGACUUUGGAGCUCCUUGAACACAACGAAGCCUACACAUGGACAAACCCCACCUGCUGUGUGCAUAACAUCAUUGUGGGCAAGCUCUGGAUUGAGCAGUAUGGGAACGUGGAGAUAACUAACCACAAAACGGGUGAGAAAUGUGUGCUCAGCUUCAAACCCUGUGGCCUCUUUGGGAAGGAGCUGCACAAGGUGGAAGGCUACAUUCAGGACAAAAGCAAAAAGAAGCUUUGUGCCCUGUAUGGGAAGUGGACUGAGUGUUUGUACAGUGUUGACCCAGCUACAUUUGAAGCUUACAAGAAAAAUGACAAGAAGAAUGCAGAGGAGAAGAAAAGCACCAAACAGGUGGGCAACGCUGAGGAAUCAGAUGAGAUGCCAAUGCCAGAUUCUGAGAGUGUCUAUGUCAUCCCUGGAAGUGUUUUGCUGUGGAAGAUAAGUCCAAGGCCUCCAAAUUCAGCACAGAUGUACAACUUCACCAGCUUUGCUAUGGCCUUGAACGAGCUGGACAAGGAGAUGGAGAGCAUCAUUCCCAAAACCGACUGCCGGCUGCGGCCAGACAUCAGGGCCAUGGAGAACGGAGAGAUAGACCUCGCCAGCGAAGAGAAGAAGAGGCUGGAGGAGAAGCAAAGGACAGCGCGCAAGAACCGCUCCAAGUCGGAGGAGGACUGGAAGACAAGUCACUCAGCAUCCCAGAGCCCCAGGUGGUUCCACCAAGGCCCCAACCCCUACACUGGUACACAGGACUGGCUUUACUCUGGCAACUACUGGGACAGAAACUACUUUAACUUGCCUGAUAUUUAUUAAACUGCAGUGAGGAGCCUGUGACUGACACAAAUUAAGUCUUAAUCUGUUCUAAUGUCUCCCCUUGUUUCCCUUCUUCCCUCCUGAAAGCUGGCAUCUUACCCCACAGAGCAUGGACAGCUCCAGGGUGAAGCUGGUGGUACCUGACCUGCAGGCCCGUGGGCAGGGGACCACUGUUCUGGCUGCUGCUGUGGGCACAGGCACCAGCUCCUGGCUGCCCUGCGUGGCCAGAGGCAGUGCCCUUGGUGUGAGCUGCCCCAGGGUUUGCUGGCUACACCUACAUUAGGUUGUGGUGGAGGAGGACCAGAGCUCCUCCAGCUGGCCUGGCACUACUCUCUCUGCUAGCCCACCCUGGCACAAGUCAGACUGGGUUGAUUUGUUGUGACUUGGGGAACCUCAGAAGCACAGAGAGCCCUGCAGGGGCCUGGCCUCGCCUGGAGAAGGCUCUGUCACCUCUCUACAGCUGGGAUCUUUCAUCCAGUGACUUUUACUGAGCUCAGGUGGGAGAUCUCAGGAGUGUUGCCACCUCUGGAGCACUCCUGCAGGUCUCCAGGCUGGGAGCCUUGCCCAGAGGUCUUUAGGCAGUGGUUUGUGCAGUGUGUUUUGAGUUCUGCUCUCAGCUCUUGCUUCCACCCUGUCUGGUUUAAGGAAUUCAGAGCCAUCUAACAGCUACAGCUGUGAUGGGAACUGCACACCAGGGACAGGCUUGGGAACAAUCUGUCUCCUGCACUAGAGGCUCUGGUGCCCAGCACUGCUGAAAGACCCUCAUCAGCCCAGGAGCUGCUGGAAGGUGGCUGGGGGGGACAGGACCUGUGUGUGUACUGUGCAGCCCCUCGCCCCCCCCCAGAGGAGGUCUGGUGGUUCAGAGGUGGUCCAGCCCCUGGGGGAGGCCUCCUGAGCACAGCUGCUUUGCCCCUUUCCCCUGGGGUGCUCCAGCCUCAAGCUGUGCACAGAGCUUCCCGAGGGCAGCUGCUGCCUCCAGUUCCUGCUGCCUGCAGCUUAGUGUUCACUCAGUAACUUAACUGCUACUCAAUAAAGGCUUCAGAACUUCUUGC